AUGGAGACGAACAUGGCGGAGACGGCGAAUAGGAUGUUCGUCCGCGGAUUGGAUGUCGUUUUGACGGGGAGAAAGAGCUACAGUCGGUACCAUGACACCGUCGAUACGAAUGUAAAAAGUGUGACAGAGUUGACAAACCAACCGGGUUCUUUCAGAGCUAUCUGUGCACCGAAGACAUUCACGAUGUGGUCAGUCUGGUGUACGAGGAGGCGUGGGGCAGUCGGGAGUACGCUUCGGUGCUCGCGUGCGGCAACUCCACUCUCCAGGUCAUCGAGGGCAACAAUCUCGCGUACGACCUCAAACUGAACAGCGUUCCGUUCACAGUCAGUCUGUUCAUGGGCGACGGAGGGCACACCCGCAUGAUGGUCCUUUACGGAACGAAGAGCGGGAAGCUGGGACUGGCGAGUCUCCCGCAAGGAUCCGGCAAGAUCGUCUGGGAAAUUGACACGACGAGCGGCGCGUGUGUGACCACGAUCGUCUGUUAUCAGGUGACCGGAGGACACUUUCCGGACAUCAUUAUCGGAAAAGAGGACGGAUUGAUCGAGAUAUACACGAUCGAUGAGACCGACGCUCCGACGCUCUUCGGAACCUUUGUGAGUUCUUUCCUUUUGAUCACACUGCUGAUGUGUUUUAGGCUUGCGAGGAGUCAAUCACGGGAAUCUCGUGUGGAAACGUUGCCUCGAAGACUGAAAUCGACAUAAUUGUGUGCACCUUCACAGGAUGGCUAUUUUCCCUCGCCAAAACAAGUCGACCGAUGAUCGAAAACCUUCCGGUUGCCGCCAAUUUCAGUGUGAAAAUGCAACAAUUGAGGUAAUUCGACACCUGACGGCUACUGAAGGCUAUGACGUUUUUGUAAUAAGAAAUGAGACCAAGAAAGUUCAGGUCCGAAGUGGAGGAAUUGCAAUCGAAAGUGAACGAGGAGAGACUUCGAUACGAAGAGAUUACGAAGAAGCAAGGCGGCGGCGCUGGAGCCACGUUCUUCCACAGUUUCCAGGUUCGUUCGGGGCUCAAGAGGCCAGUGUAAUCCCACUUGCUCAGGUCCACGAGAACUUCGAGUACAGUGCUGCUCUCGGAGCGUACAACUUGACGAUUGAGCUCGUGAUUCCGAUUGACUUCGUCGUCGUUCAAAGCCAACUUCCGAUCCGUCUGAUGGAAGUGGAGAAGAACGCGUCGGUGGUGAGCGAAGUCCGGCAGGACGCGCUCAAUCCGUGGCCGCUCCUCGCUUCAUACCGCUGUCAGGCCAACGUGUGCAGACUGGAGUUGAGAGUUCAGGCGAACGAAGGCGAUUCGGGAAUCGUCAAUCUCUAUGUGUGUCCCAAGAUUAUGCCGAAAUGUGCGCAGGUAAGAGAGAGAGAGAGAGAUCAACAGGUAUCAUAUCAUUCAUUUCAUUGGAUCGAAGUGA